UAACAAUCUUUGUACAUAGUUCUAACGCUGACAGGUCACGUGUUUAGCGACAACGAAUUUGUCCCCUUCCACUUGCCGUACUCUGCAUCAGUCGCCAGUCGACAUGAAGAUGACUGAGGAAAACAAGAAGUCCACAAUAACAGUGGAGGUCGUCCAGAACCUCAUUAAAAAGAAAGAUGAAAUCGAGGAACAAAUUAAAGCAUACUACGAUGUUCUUGAAGACCAGGGAGGCGUCGGCAUGGAGGGUUCUUUGGUUGACGUGGAGGGGUACCCGAGGGCAGAUUUGGAUUUGUACCAGGUCAGAACAGCCAGGCACAGCAUUUCAUGUCUGCAGAACGACCACAAGGAUCUGAUGCUGGAGAUUGAGGCUGCCUUGCACCAGCUGCAUGCGCACGAGCGUGCAAAGCGGGAGCAUGACCAGCAGGAGGCGCAGGAGGAGGCCAUGGAGCAGGAGAGGACACUGCCUCCGGCUUUCGCACAAGUCGACCAUGUAACGCAAGGCUCACCAGCCAGCCAAGCUGGAUUACGAGUUGGAGAUGAAAUAAUUGAGUUCGGCUCAGUCAACCCAGGAAACUUCCAGAAUCUCCAGAACAUUGCCUCGGUGGUACAGCACAGCGAGGGGAAGUCCCUUAGUGUUGCUGUGGUCAGAGAUGGACAGCGGGUCCAGAUAAGCCUGGUACCCCAGCGUUGGUCGGGACGAGGACUUCUGGGAUGCAACAUUCAGCCACUUCGUAGAUGACACAAAGGAGUCACAAGGCGAUGGAGACCUGAAACCUGGCAACUUCAACAACCUCAGUUCAGUUGCAUCACUGUGUACAUAUUUUCUUUUCAAGUCUUUCUGAAAAAUAUUGUUACUCCAUUUGCCCAAUAUGGGUUUGCUGGCAACUGUCAAGUAUAACAAAUAACAAGGACUAAAUUGCAGCUUUUGUAAUAAUGUAAAGAUUGGUGAAUUGGUGAGUAAAGGUCACAUUGCAGA